CAACGUUUGUCCAGCAUCGAGCGGCUCAGCUCUGCUCGCAUUGCCCCGCCAUUGCCCCGCCGUCGGCAUUCGGAAGAAUUAAUCUCAUCAAUCACAAGUGACGUCGGCCCCAGAAUGGAGUAGGGCAGCUAUGGCGUGGGUAUGCUGAGCCAUGGGCCCCCAUACUGCAUCCCACCAUACUAAAUACAUAUAAUCGGUGCCGCCAUGAACCCCGCCCUCUCGAAGUUCAUUCUCAAAGCCACCCCUGAAUCUAUUCUCAACCCACAGCCCGACAUGAAUACCGCAAUCCCACUCAACACUGGCGCAACAAUCCCGGCCCUCGGCCUGGGUACGUGGCAGUCUGCGCCGGGUGAAGUCAAGAAGGCCGUCGUCCACGCCAUUGAGGCCGGCUACAGGCACAUUGACUGCGCUUUUUGCUACCAGAACGAGGAUGAGGUUGGCGAGGCCCUUCAAGACGUCAUCUCGCGUGGUAUCGUAAAGCGUGAGGAUCUGUUCAUUACAAGCAAGCUGUGGUGUACGUUCCACACUCGUGCCGAGGAAGGACUUCAGAAGAGCUUGGAUCUGCUCAAGACACCCUACGUCGACCUCUUCCUUAUGCAUUGGCCAGUGCCCAUGAACCCUAAUGGAAACCACCCCCUCUUUCCCAAACUCGAGGACGGCAGCCGUGACAUCGAUCACUCUAUCACACACAUCGACGCGUGGAAGAACCUUGAGAAGCUGAUUCAGACACACCCCGAAAAGGUCAAGGCGAUCGGCGUCGCCAACUACUCUGUGAAGUACCUCGAGAAGCUCCUCGCGAAGGCCUCCAUUGUACCCGCUGCCAAUCAGAUCGAGAACCACCCUCUUCUGCCCCAGCAGGAGAUUGUCGACUUCUGCAAGGAGAAGGGUAUUCAUAUCACCGCCUACAGCCCGCUUGGCAGCACAGGCUCACCCUUGUUCAAGGAUGAGGGUGUUAUCGCUGUUGCAAAGAAGCAUGACGUUGCUCCUGCCACGGUCCUUCUCUCCUACCACCUUGCCCGUAACUCUUCCGUCCUGGCUAAAUCCGUGACGCCGUCGCGCAUUGACGAGAACCGCAAGCUCAUCUCGCUCGACAAGGAGGAUAUCGAGAACCUCGAGGCUGUCCAGAAGAAGAACGGCCCAACAAGAUACGUCUACCCGCCGUUUGGCGUUGAUGUUGGGUUUGCCGACAAGCCCGGCGGCAUCGACCUUUCUGGUUGACUCUCCAAGCUGUGAGGAGUACAUUUGAGCUAGACAAAAUAUCAUGAUUUCAAUGAACAUAUAUUACGCUA